AUGUCAAGAAACCCUGCCGAGUCUCCCAAGAUUUGUCAAAGAUCAAAGGGAAAGGAAGGCAGCAAGGGGAACAAAACGUCUGUUGUCUCGGCAUGGUCGGAACUCAUGGAAAUCUGGAAGGACUUUUUUCCAAUUGCGAUCAUGAGUGAAUCUUGGCCAGUCCAGUCCAUUCCAGAUCCCCCCAAGUUGUAUGACUUGUAA